AGUUCCGCUUCCGGUUCCUGGAUCCUGCUUGUUGUCGGAAGGCGGAAGGUGUUGGUACUCUUAGAGGGUGGAUUUCUGGGGUACGGGGGUCGCCCGAGACCUGCAACCAUGGCGGCCUCCACCGCGGCCGGGAAGCAGAGGAUUCCCAAAGUGGCCAAGGUGAAAAAUAAAGCCCCGGCUGAGGUUCAGAUAACUGCUGAACAACUUUUAAGAGAAGCUAAAGAAAGAGAACUUGAGCUUCUUCCACCUCCCCCUCAACAGAAGAUCACAGAUGAAGAAGAGUUAAAUGACUACAAACUAAGGAAAAGGAAGACUUUUGAAGAUAACAUAAGAAAAAACAGGACUGUGAUUAGUAACUGGAUAAAAUAUGCACAAUGGGAAGAGAGUCUGAAGGAGAUUCAAAGGGCUCGGUCCAUAUACGAGAGAGCUUUAGAUGUGGACUAUCGAAAUAUUACACUCUGGCUGAAAUAUGCAGAAAUGGAAAUGAAGAAUCGCCAGGUCAACCAUGCCCGAAAUAUCUGGGACCGGGCCAUAACAACUCUGCCUCGAGUCAACCAAUUCUGGUACAAGUACACAUACAUGGAGGAGAUGUUGGGAAACAUUGCUGGUGCCCGGCAGGUGUUUGAGCGCUGGAUGGAAUGGCAGCCCGAGGAGCAAGCCUGGCACUCAUACAUCAACUUUGAGCUGAGAUACAAAGAGGUGGAUCGGGCCCGCACCAUUUAUGAGCGCUUUGUUCUUGUGCACCCUGAUGUUAAGAACUGGAUCAAGUAUGCCCGCUUUGAAGAAAAACAUGGUUAUUUUGCCCACGCACGGAAAGUAUAUGAGAGAGCUGUCGAGUUCUUUGGAGACGAACAUAUGGAUGAACACCUUUACGUUGCCUUUGCCAAAUUUGAAGAAAACCAAAAAGAGUUUGAAAGGGUGCGAGUGAUCUACAAGUAUGCCCUCGAUAGAAUUUCAAAACAAGAGGCUCAAGAACUCUUUAAAAAUUAUACCAUCUUUGAGAAGAAGUUUGGUGAUAGGAGGGGUAUUGAAGACAUCAUUGUGAGCAAACGGAGAUUCCAGUAUGAAGAAGAAGUGAAGGCAAAUCCACACAAUUACGAUGCAUGGUUUGAUUACUUGCGCUUGGUAGAAAGUGAUGCAGAAGCAGAAACUGUGCGGGAGGUCUAUGAACGAGCCAUUGGCAACGUCCCGCCCAUUCAGGAGAAGCGGCACUGGAAGCGCUACAUCUAUCUGUGGGUAAACUACGCACUCUAUGAGGAGCUGGAGGCGAAGGAUCCUGAGAGGACAAGACAGGUGUAUCAAGCCUCUUUGGAACUAAUCCCUCAUAAAAAGUUCACUUUUGCCAAAAUGUGGUUACUAUAUGCACAGUUUGAAAUAAGACAGAAAAAUUUACCAUAUGCUAGAAGAGCUCUGGGAACUUCCAUAGGCAAAUGUCCAAAGAACAAGUUAUUUAAAGGUUACAUAGAAUUGGAACUACAGCUUCGUGAAUUUGACAGGUGCCGGAAGCUUUAUGAAAAAUUCCUGGAAUUUGGACCUGAAAAUUGUACCUCUUGGAUUAAAUUUGCAGAAUUAGAGACAAUCCUUGGUGAUACUGAGAGAGCCCGGGCGAUCUACGAGUUAGCCAUCAGUCAACCACGCUUAGACAUGCCUGAGGUACUUUGGAAAUCAUAUAUUGAUUUUGAAAUUGAGCAGGAGGAAACUGAAAGAACACGAAAUCUUUACCGACGAUUGCUUCAGCGGACACAGCAUGUCAAGGUGUGGAUCAGUUUUGCUCAGUUUGAGUUGUCUUCAGGGAAAGAAGGAAGUUUGGCUAAAUGCAGACAAAUUUAUGAAGAGGCUAAUAAAACCAUGCGCAACUGUGAAGAAAAGGAGGAGAGACUUAUGCUGCUGGAAUCUUGGAGAAGCUUUGAGGAUGAAUUUGGAACAGUAUCAGAUAAGGAGAGAGUAGACAAACUCAUGCCAGAGAAAGUCAAGAAGAGAAGAAAGGUCCAGGCUGAUGAUGGGUCUGAUGCAGGCUGGGAAGAAUACUAUGAUUACAUCUUUCCUGAGGAUGCUGCCAAUCAACCCAACCUCAAGCUCCUGGCCAUGGCCAAACUUUGGAAGAAACAGCAACAAGAAAAGGAGGCUGCUGAGCAAGACCCAGAUAAGGACAUUGAUGAGAGUGAAUCCUGAUCUUGUUCGUAUUGAUAAAUGAUUUAUUUUUUUUAUAAAUUAAAAGUUUGGAACCCUUGUUGACUCCUAUAAGUUUUUGUAUAUUUCACCAGUAAUGAAUUGAUUGGAAUCUUUGACAGCUACUUUUUAAAUUAUUUUUAAAAUGCUCUUGGUUUAGCUAGGGGUGGGGAAUUAUAAGUAAAGGAAUUUUUUUUAA